UGGGUUGGUAAAAAUAAAGUUGGCAACACUGAGCUAGCUACUUAAAUACUAAUCUGUGACGGCAAUGUCAUGUCACCUAUGCACGAAAAAUGGCGUUUAUGUUGUGUUGAAUAAUUACAAUAAACAUACAUUGUGUGUUAAUAGUAUUUAUAUCGCCUUAAAUUGGUAAUUAGUGAUAAAUUUUAUUAUAAAAUAGGUUAAAAAAUCGUGGACUGAUGAGUUUAUUGACAGAUGUCUGCCGUGGCUCCCACUAUCCCCGGGGCUGACCCAACCAAGGACAUACAAAAGCGUCGCGCUGGUAGUAUUGGAUCCGAUGAAGACGACGCAAGUGGGGGGAAAUACGCAAGGAUGGAGGAGGACAAUAUUCAAGACAAAGAGAGAUUUGCUAGCCGCGAGAAUCAUUGUGAAAUUGAACGUCGUCGAAGAAACAAGAUGACGGCAUAUAUUACGGAACUAUCUGACAUGGUUCCAACAUGUUCCGCUCUAGCGCGAAAACCGGACAAGCUCACCAUAUUGCGAAUGGCCGUAGCGCAUAUGAAAGCAUUGAGAGGCACUGGAAACACAUCGACCGAUGGAACAUAUAAACCUUCGUUUUUAACCGAUCAAGAGUUAAAACAUUUGAUCUUAGAGGCUGCCGAUGGAUUUUUAUUCGUCGUCAGCUGCGACACUGGUCGUAUCAUUUAUGUUAGUGAUAGUAUAGCACCAGUACUUAACUAUUCACAGGGAGAAUGGUACUCGUCUUGUUUAUACGACCAAGUUCACCCGGACGACGUCGAGAAAGUUCGAGAGCAACUUAGCACACAGGAACCACAAAAUACGGGUCGUAUUUUGGAUCUUAAAACUGGAACUGUCAAAAAAGAAGGUCACCAAUCGUCCAUGCGGCAGGUGAUGGGGUCGCGGCGCGGCUUCAUCUGCCGCAUGCGCGUGGGCGGUACGGCAGAGAGCGCGCACCUCGGCCGCCUGCGCGCGCGCAACUCGCUCGGGCCCUCGCACGACGGACACAACUACGCCGUCGUGCACUGCACCGGCUACAUCAAGAACUGGCCGCCGACAGAUCUGUUUCCAGGGAUGCAGAUGGACCGGCCGGUCGAAGACGAGCUUCAUGCGUCACACUGUUGCCUCGUGGCUAUCGGCAGAUUACAGGUGACGUCGACGCCCAGCAGCGCGGAGGGCGCGCUGUGCGGCGGCGCGGAGUUCGUGUCGCGGCACUCGGCGGACGGGCGCUUCACGUUCGCGGACCAGCGCGCCGCGCAGGUGCUGGGCUACGCGCCCGCCGACCUGCUGGGCAAGCUGUGCUACGAGUUCUACCACCCCGAGGACCAGCAGCACAUGCGCGACAACUUCGAUCAGGUUCUUAAGCUGAAGGGACAAAUUAUUUCUCUUAUGUAUCGGUUUCGCACUAAAAGCAGAGAAUGGAUUUGGUUGAGAACAUCAGCAUUUGCCUUUUUGAAUCCAUACAACGAUGAUGUGGAAUAUAUUGUAUGCACAAAUACAUUAGCAAAUCGAUCCUUGGGUGCUACUACUGGCGAGCCAGUGGCCGAAGAGAAUUACGACUAUCACCUUCGUCAAAGAGAUGUAUACCAGGCACCGCCGCCCGCCAUACACCAGCAACACCACGCACCGCCAGGUUUAUCCGCAUGUUGCCCAGGCGCAGUGGGCGCGCGCUCCCCGGGCGAGGGCGGCGCGGCGGGCGCCGGCGGCGCGGGGGCGUCCUACGCCGCGCACGCGCCGCACUACGCGCCCGACUACUCGCCGCACCGCCCCGCCAACACUCCGCCGCACACCACCUGGACCACGCUGCGACCCAGCGGUGGCGCGGCGACGGCGGCGGGCGGCGCGGGCGAGACGUACGCGUACAGCGGCGAGGCGGGCGCGGGCGCGGGCAGCCCGGCGCGCUCGCCGCCCGCGCCCGCCUACCUGCCGCCCGCGCACUACCACCACAACCACCACCCGCCGCACCCCGCGCACCCGGCGCACCCCGCGCACCCCUCGCACCCAACACACGCCAUGUGGUCGUGGCAGGGCGGCGCGGCGGGCGCGGGCGCGGAGGGCGGCCACGCGCCUCACGAGCUGUCCGACAUGCUCCAGAUCCUGGACCAGGGCGGUGCCGCUACCUUCGAGGACCUCAACAUCAAUAUGUUCAAUUCCAAUUUUGAAUAGUGACCGCCUACUAUUUUGUUCCGCCUGCCUUGCUGCGUCUCAUACUUGGGUCGGUUGUUCGAAACUGGCACUUUCACUAAAAAAAUCGGUCAGUGUAGACUUUUUUAUAAAAAAAAUCAGAUGAUAGGUUCAUUUGAUUUACAAAAUCUCGUAACAAAAUGUUAUACAUUAGUAAUGUACGAGUAUGUACUUUUUAUUCAAUUACUUAUGCCAUCGAGAAUUUUUAUGAAUAGCGAUAGUUUGCAACAAUUUUCCCACCUUUUCGAUUUAUACCAAGACGAGUCGGCACGCGGUCAAAAUAUGUUUGACACAUUUUUAUGAUUAUGAGUAAGGAUAAUUACUACUUGUAGAAAAUGUGAACGUCGCAUGAUGCCUAGAUCACCGCAAUGUUUAAGUUAUUUGCGACGUGGUUUCAAAAUAAGCCACUACAUAUUUAUGACUACUAU